CGCUCAUUGAUUGAGUGAGGAGCGGAGGACGAGGGCGAAGAGUGGCGCCGUGGCCAGGCUCUUCUCCCCCCGCUGUAUCGAUUGGUUCGCGUUGUCGGUCGUGGCGAGAACGUGAGCAAGCAGGGCGAAGCGGGUCAGGUGCUUAAUAGCCUUCGUCGUACAGUAAUUAAUACUUUAAUACUUUUUUACAAGAUGAAGUUUUUCUUGGGAAUAUGCAUUUGUGUCUUUGCGAGUGUGAGUGCAGAUAGUGGUCGAGGAGCUGACGAUGCUGCCCCGAAACUUCUGACAAAUUUUCGUAAUUUUGAAGCUUGUCUCGACAAUUUCAAUAUACAUAAUGACAAAAUCAUUCGCACGGAAGACUCAAGAGCAAUGGGUGCGAAAUAUAUAAGUGAAAGUGAUAUGAACUCAAGAGAGGAAUGUUUACGUCUGUGUUGUGUCACAGACACAUGUGAUGUCUUCGUGUUUGAAGAGAAGAGACCUGGCAGCUGUUAUUUAUUUAACUGUGGUUCUGCAGCUGACUUCAAGUGUAAAUUUACAAAACAUCACAAUUACACAAGCGGCAUUUUGACUCUGGAGCAUGACGUUGCACUGGAUCCAGACCUUCCUUCGAAACAUGAGCAAGAAUUGAAUCAAUUAAGGAGACCAGAAGGUGCUUCAUCCGCAUUAAAUUUCACUUUUGGAGCUACAUCACAGCCUCAACUGCAUCUGCAAGGAAUUUUUCACAAACCAAACAAGACUACGGACCAAAGUCCCAUUAAAAUAAGACAGUGUAGUCGAUUCCAGUUCAAAUGUCGCACUUCUGGAGAAUGCAUUGCUAUUUAUAACGCUUGCGAUGGUAUUCCACAAUGUGCUGACGGCAGCGAUGAGUCGACUGAGUUAGGAUGUCGAACUCCAGUGACGUCUUCAUUAGUUCCUAUUGUGGCAUCAUCUGGAAAUAAAACAGACCAAGAAGAUGCUCUUCCAAAAUCAUAUGGAAAUCCAUAUCACUUACAACAGAAAAUGUUCUUAGCAAAUAAACUGAAAAACGAAGAAACGAAUGUAAAAUCUGAACCAGUAAUAGAAAAUACACAUAUUCAUGCGGAAAGUGAUCAUCCUGUUCAAAUUCCUCAGUCAACAAGAAAUAUUAUGAAACAACCUGAAACUAGCCAUAUUUCUGCACCUGAAUAUCAACCGCCGCGUCAACAAAUAGCUUUCAACAAACCAGAUAACCCUUCAGAGAGAAAUCCUUCAUCAGUAUACACAGGUUUUCGCCCGUAUUUAAAUCAACGCAUUGAACAGGAAUCCGAAAAGAUAGUUGACGAAGAGCACAAUUAUAUAACCGAAAAACUUUUGAGCGAACGCAAUAAAGAGACAGAUCACAGCGGUUACAAUCAUAAAUCUGAAGAUUUAAAUUUACAAUCUCACAUCAGAACGAGUUUCUUGCAGCCUCAGCCGAAUAUCCCUGAUAUAAGUGACCAUGCUGAACACAUGAGUCUAUUUCAAAAUGCUGAACAUAUUCCUAAAACACAUUCAGCCUCACAAAUGGUACUUAAACAACAGCAGGCAGACUUGGCCAACGCGCUACGUCAUCAACUAACAAACGUACAUCUCUCAGAGGUGCAACCGGAAAUGUAUCAAAAGGAGCACGUGGAAGGAACAAAGGAGGCAAAGUUCGCUCUCGGAAAUCAAGCAGACGGUUCUCACCCCACGCAUCUGGAACUUCCGAAUGAAAACACCGAUAAAAUUAGCCCUCAGCAAGUUCACAUAGAUGUAGACAAUGAACAUAGACUACGAAACAUGAAAGAGCAGAUGCAAGUACCGUAUCAAGAACCGCAAUUGCCAGAAGUGCCAGACCGAUCGUACAAAUACGAAGAUGAGGAGAGACAUAUUUUUAAUCAUAAGGGAUACGGCUUGGUGGCAGAAUCAGACAGCUCAGAAAUUCCAUACAAAAUUGCCGUUCCUAAUGUCCAGUUCAAGUUGAACAAUGCCCAGAGCAAUGGCUACAUGAACAACAUGCCUGAGUAUGGAAACAAACUUCAGCGGAACAUGUGGGCUGAGUCUAUUCGUCCUACAUCACACGAACUGAAAACCCUGAAGAAUACUCCUCAACCCAUUGAGACAAAUAAUGGAUAUCCUCUUCCUUCUGAUUAUAUGUACAAUGAGGGCCAGCAUUCGAUUUUGAAUGCAGUUUCCCUUAUCCCUCAUCGAUCAAAUGCAGAUCAUUUACCAACAUUGCAUGCUGCAUCUGGACAUGUAGGAUCCUUAGAGAGAACCAAUAUUUUGCGAGAAAAUCAAGAACAUCGAGAACAUUCCCAUGAAAGUGUAAGUAAAAUGAUGAAUCUGAAUAAUCAGAAACCAAGUGCAAGCAAACAGGACGUAUUUCCAGUGCAUGAUAAUAAUAAUAAUAACAAUAAUAAUAAUAAUGCAUAUGAAAAGGAGCAGCCAAUAAUUACUCAUACGGUUGCGCCAGCACCAGUAAGAGCAACAGCAUCGACGACGGCAAAAUCUGAUACUGCAGAAGUCCCAAAGGAAAAACACGAAGGAAAGCACCACGAACAUUUCGUUGGUUUGCAACAAGCAUACAUAUCCGAACUGCCCAACGAUCAACAACAAGACCGACCUAGUGGAGCAUUGCUCUCCAUGUCUUUCGGUCUUUGCAUCACUUUUGUCAUGGUUGUUCUUGUGGCCUGCCGCCUACGAGUGGUAAAGCGGCGACUACGAAGAAAUGGAAAAUCACUUUAUGCUCAUGAUGCUGAUUAUCUUGUGAAUGGAAUGUAUCUAUGAAAUCUGUGUGCAUAAAAUGUUUAUGAUUUGUAUACAGUCUCAAACAAAGUUAUCCCUUGCGUUUUACAAAGUUUCAGUUUUUAAGUCAUAUGUCACUAAUUGAAAUGAAACACAUCUGUUCAGUAUCUGUGCAAAAAUUACUGUAGUAAUGUACGAAGAUUCUCAUAUAGUCCAUAAAUGUGUAAAAUAUUAUAUAUUAACGUUCAUGUAAUAAAUGUGUGUACAUUCCAGAUAAAGUUAAGAACAAUAUUAUCAGGGAUGACGAACUGUAUACAAUUCGUUUUCAUUUCAAUGAUUUAAAAAGUUGUUAAAUUUUCCUUUUGUACGUUUUAAAAUAUUUUGUGUAAAAUAUUGAAAUUUUGGCUG